CUCCCAUAUAAGGUAGCACACCACCAGCUACAAUUCCUUUCCAAGGAUAAUAUCAAUUCCACUCUUCUUUUGUCAUGCUUUCCCUCCAUCCAAUUCCCACCGCAAGAACACGAUCAUGGGUAAACUUUCCCUUUCACAUCCAUCCUUCCCUCCCAAGAAUCUCUGCAUCCUCUCCCACCUCCAACAACAACAACCAAACCAACCAACCAACAUCAUCAUCAUCCUCCUCCACAUCCAAACUCAUCAAAAGAUUCGUCCUCUCCAACAAAGGCCGGACGAAGCUAAACACCUACUCUGACCGAGACUUCUACUCCUACCCGCGAUUUGUGACUCAUGUUGAUGACAAGUUUAUCUCCACUCUGACUGAUUUGUACAGGGAGAGGUUAUUUUCUGGAUGGGAAGUGCUGGACCUUAUGAGCUCUUGGGUUAGCCAUUUGCCCCGAGAGGUGAAGUAUAAGAGAGUUGUUGGGCACGGGCUCAAUGCCCAGGAGCUGGCCAAGAAUCCUAGGUUGGAUAGUUUCUUUGUUAAGAAUUUGAAUGAAGAGCAACAGUUUCAGGCAGAGGAUUGCAGUUUUGAUGCAGUGAUUUGUGCUGUAAGCGUGCAAUACCUUCAGUGGCCGGAGAAGAGUAACGACGCCAUCAAGGAUGCAAUGUUGGUUUCUCUGCGAGGGUUGAAAAUUAUGGUAUUUGCAGAGGUAUUUAGGGUCCUUAAACCCGGAGGUGUUUUUAUCGUGAGUUUCAGUAAUCGUAUGUUCUAUGAGAAAGCAAUCGCGGCCUGGAGAGAUGGGACCGCCUUCAGCCGAGUUCAACUGGUUGUGCAAUAUUUUCAAUGUAUUGAUGGUUUCACUCAACCGGAGGUGGUAAGAAGAUUACCAGGAGAUGUGGAUAAUUCACCUCUUAGUGGUAUCAUGAGAUUGCUCGGAUUAUCUGGCUCAGAUCCAUUUUAUGCAGUAGUUGCUUACAGAAACUUCAAACCUGUAUAUGAAACUACCCAGUAGGAAUUUUUAUCUUUGAUUUCUUAUAAUGUUAUUGAUGUACUUUCGAUUUUCUUCAA